UUUGUUCACUUUUUAUAGGGGAAAUUCAAAGCAGAAAAAUAAUUUUGGAGGACGGAUGAUCAUGAGAUAUUACUUUAUCCUUUUGCUUUCCUCAACAAUAUCUUGCUCCUCUGAUGUGGAAGUUGUUCAGAAGGAUCAUGUAAAAAUAGUUCAAGCUGGAGAGGAUGUAAACCUCACUUGCACAUUUUCAUCUGUUCUGCAGUUGUCGACAGCAUGGUUUAAACACACGGCUGAUGGAAAACCUUUACAGAUUGUGUUUAAUCUGUUUUUUGCACAAAGUCCCAUUUGGAAUAACAACUCUGAGAAAAUGAAUAAUUUAAAUGUUAUCAUAGGAGAAGGUUAUUCUAAUCUGACCAUUUUAAAGACAAAGCCUUUAGACUCAGCAACAUAUUAUUGUGUAGUUUCAUCAUAUCAGGUCAUUGGAAUGGGUUCAGGAACUAGAUUAAUUGUUAGAGAUGCAGCCACAGACAGAAACACAACUCUUCAUCAGUCUUUGAUAGACACUGUUGAUCCAGGAGAUUCAGUGAAUUUGCAGUGCAGCAUCUUCACUGAGAGCUGUGCAGGAGAUCACAACAUCUACUGGUUCAAGCAAAGCUCAGGAGACUCUGAAGGAGUGCUUUACACCAAAGGAGAGAGAAAUGGCCGCUGUGAGAUCAACACUGAGUCUCAAACACAGAGCUGUGUCUACAGUCUCCACAAGAACAACAUUAGUCGCUCUGAUUCUGGCAUUUACUACUGUGCUGUGGCCGCAUGUGGACAAAUACUGCUUGGAAGAGGAACUCAACUCAAUAUUAGCGAAAGUGGUGACUUGUAUCCUGUUCUUCUUGCUCUUGGAAUUUCAAAUGUCAUAUUUUUGGCACUUGUUGUUUUUCUGGGAGUAAAACUCGGGAGUCAGAAUAAAAUGCUGGCAGCUCAAAGAACUCAAAAUGAAGACAGCCUAAACUACACAGCCAUUAAUUUUAGUCAGAAUUCUAGAAGAGUUGGGGUAACGGGCUCUCAAGACCAAUAUUUGUAUGCAAUGGUCAGAUCACAAAAGUAACAUUUUACAUCUGCAUUGUUAAAAUAUUCAAUGCACUUAAUUGAAAUAAUUUCAGUUAGAACUUCUUAACUUUCUUUAAUCCAUCUGUAACAAUCAUAUUUAAAGGAAAGGGUAACUCAAGUGUUUGUUAUCUUAACAUGUCACAAAAAAACAGAUUGUAAGAUGAUAGCUAUUUACAAUGCACAUCCUAUUAUACCCAUUUAUUUGGUAAACAAAGCAAGUGUAUAAUAUGAUACAUCUAUCAUAUACCUACUAAAAGACAGCAAUUAUUACUUUACAAACUAUAUUGUAAGUAAAUCAUAUGAACAUUUUCGUAUUAAUCAUUAAUAUUACUGACAAAAUUUACACACAACUAAAUAAAUAGACUCAAUGAUGGAAUGAAAAUCUGCAGAAAGCUAUCUGCGGAUUUCUGCGCACACAGAUUUCGCGUGGGCCUACCUAUGGGUCAAAUAUGGAUAAACCCAAUGUUGUUUUAAUUUUUUAUUUUUUUUUACCUUAAAUUUAAAUUACACUUUUCAACCCAAUGGUUGGGUUUGUCCAUAUUUGAGACACACUGUAAACAAUGGCCAGGAUUCCACUGUAAAAUUCUACAUUAAAAAUCUCAAACAGUAAGUUUCCUUAAUAUAUACAGUGAAAACUGUAAAAUUUACUUUCCCAGAAUGCUGUCCACAUUUUAGCGUAUUUGUAUGUUACUGUAUUAUUUGGAUUUUACUGUAUUUGUAUUGUUAUUAUAAUUUGCUAAAGAUAUGUGUGGUUUUAUGCGACUGAAUAAUGCAUGUACUGUAUGCUGUUAGACUCUUGUGUGCAACCUCAUUUAACAUCUCUUCAUGGAUCGCUUGUGUACAGUAUUGUUCAUUUGCACCAUCGAAUAUAUGAGUUAUAUA